AAAACCAAAAACAAAAAGAAAAAAAAAAUUCCUCUCUCUCUCCACCGGCAUGCAAAUGACCUCCGACCGCCCCCCCUUCCGCCGGAUCUCGGAGGAGCAGGAGGUUUCCGUCAUCGUCGACGCCCUCACCAAAGUUGUCUCCGGCGCCGUCGCCAAAGGCCUCCAAUUCCGCCCCGACCAUUUCCUCCACCUCCUCUCCCCAAUCUCCUCCCUCUCGGAUUCCGCCUCCACUUCCUUAAACGACGCCGUCCUCCCCCUUUCUGAUUUCGACACGUGUCACGUCUGCAGAAUUAAAGGGUGCCUCGGCUGUAAUUUCUUCCCGCCCUCGUCCCAGUCCGACGAUCGCAAGAAAUUGGGCGUCGGCGGCGGCGGCCGGAAGGCGAAGCGGUUGAAGAAGAAUUACAGAGGCGUGCGGCAGCGGCCGUGGGGGAAAUGGGCCGCCGAGAUCCGUGACCCGAAACAGGCGACCCGGGUCUGGCUCGGUACUUUCAACACCGCUGAGGACGCCGCACGUGCGUACGACGAAGCCGCUAUUAGAUUCCGCGGCCCACGUGCGAAGCUCAAUUUCCCAUUCCCCGAUAACUCCCUAACAUUCAAUCUCCCAAAUUUCUCUCCGGCGGCCGCGGUUACAACCGCCGCCACCGCCGCCGCUGCCACUGCCACUCCAGAUCAGAACCGGCAGUCAACUAAUAAUUUGUACGGAAAUGAAGCUCCGAAGAUCAGCAGCAGCAACAACGAAUUCUCGUUCCCCUCGAAAAUGGAGAUCCAAAACGACGACGAAUUGCCGAAAACGACGACGUUCGAGGACGAUGACAUCCAGAGCUGGAUAAUGGAUUUAUCUGGUGGUCAAUCUCUGAGCUGGUAAAUCAAAUUAAAUCAAAUUACCAGUCCAUAGGGAAAAAUUCUUUCAACUAUUUUUUUAAGUUCAGGGAAAGAAUUUUUCGGAAGCUAUUGAAUUUUUUUAUAAGAAAAUUGUAUGA